AUGUCAGGGAGCAAGGAUGACACAAACGCAAGAACAAACUUAGAGACCUUCUCAGGAGAGGAUGCGUCAGAAUACCGUAGAUGGAGACGAAAGGCAGAACUGUACUUGAUGGGGCUACCCACAACGGUCCCUGAGAGCAAAUGGGGAGCCAGACUAGUUGAACAUCUACGGGGAGAAGCGGAAGAGUUGAUGGAACAUGUAGAGCUGAGUACCAUCACUGAUGACAAGGGUUACAAAAAGGUGUUUGAACUUCUUGACGAGCGCUACAAAGAGCUGGACAAGGACGAGCUUCAACGCUGUCUCAAGUCGUACUUCUAUGCGGCGCCAAUCAAGAACCAGGAGACCUAUAGGAACUUUGUCAUACGGAUGGACACAGCCUACAGAGGGCUGACACGGCACAAAGUAGAACUACCUGAGCCAGUUAGAGGGUGGAUUCUACUGAAGAAGCUUCUUUUGGACUCGACAUCUGAGGCCCUGAUCAUGACGUCUACAUCGGGGUCACUGAACUACACAGAUGUCCUAGGAGCUCUCAAGGCUGUGUUCCCAAAUGGCCAGGGUCCCGGAGUGAACCCAGGCAAAUCAAAGGACAAGGAGAUCUUCAUUGCCCAGGAAGACAGUGAGACACCAAAUGAGGCCACUGAACUUGAAGUACCAGGCAACGAUGACUUCUUAGAGGUCAUGGAAGCAGUCGCCACUCAAGCUCAAGAACAGAGUGACUAUGAGUCUGAGGAUGCAUUGGAGGUGUUCGAGAACUACUCUAGCAUUCGAAAAAAGAUGCAGGAGAAGAAGACCUCUCGUGGCUUCAGACAAGUGAACACGACUGAGAAACAAUGGAAGCUUGAAGGAAGCUUUCAAGGAAAGCUGUCACUCUUGAAGGCAAAGACCAGAUGUCAUCACUGCAGGAGAAUGGGUCAUUGGAAGAAGGAAUGCCCGCUUCGACAAAAUCAAGGCAAGAAGAGCGAAGGAGGCCAGAAGGAGGUCCACAUUGUAGAGAGCUACAGUGAUGACGAGGCCUUCUUUGAGAGCUAUGUCCUAGACGAGGUCAAGGGCAAGGACUAUGAGCAGGAGUACCACGGGUACCAGGAGACUGACACCAAGACCAAGACGGAGACACAGAAAGACCAGGGUGCCAAGAGGAAUCGAGACAUAUGGGUCUUAGACAAGGAAAUGGGUGUCUUGGAACGCAUCCAUCAGAAAGAAAGGAAGGGACUUUUCACACCACAUGGAGUCAAAGAUCUUCCUAUCGCCAUGGAGGAAUUCUCGGGCGAACGGGAGACAAUCAUGAUCAAUGUGGCCACCGGAGAAAAGAGUGUCAUCAAGGACAACUACCAUACGACCAGAGUACCCCAUCAGAAGAUGGACUACAACUGGCGUGGAAAGACAAAACUCUACCUGAAGACCAUGGACCAGUCCAAGAAGUCAAGUACCUCGACUAAGGUGGUGGAUCCAGAUGCUCAGCUGCGACUUUUUGAACAUGAAGUGCUGAGCGCAAUUCAUGAGGGGGCGCAGCCAGUUUUUUCCAAGUCUGACCAGGCAGCAACCCUGGAUUCUCACGCAGUUCCCGACACGGCAUGUCGCCGUACGCUGAUCGGUGAUUAUGUGCUGUCAUUGCUUGAGUCUAGGUUGAAUGAGAAGGGUCUCAUUGUGAAGAGACCGCCUCGAGGAAAUCUGAGUGCCAUGUAUCGCACGCAGGAAGUGCCAAUGACACCACUGGCACAAGAGUUGAUGAACGGGCUCAUCGUGGAAGACAAGAUCGACAUGACCCAGGAAGAGAUCGAUCGCUACAGCGACCACGAGGAAGACGAGCCAAUGAAGCCAGUUCAUGGACAGGAAGUGAUGAAGGCCGGCAAGUACAAGAACACUCACAACAUGGAGUAUGCCUACACUCAGGACAAGAAGCAUCUGAAGUGGGUGCGCUCCAACAUCCAGCCACAGGGUUCAAGUCCAGAGAUGAGGCGUUACCGCCUCUAUGUGGAGAUGAGAGACCAGAAGAAGAGUCAGAGACUCUUGAGCCGAAUGGAACAGCAGCGUCCAGUUGCUCCUCAACCCAAGACCCAUGUGGCAGCAAUGACCACAGCCAAGGCGAAGGCAAAGUCAGUGGAACCACCAGCGAGCUCAAGACGUCGAGAGAGAGAGGGAGAAGGAUGGUCUCACGAGAUGACAGCGAUGGAGAUGGACUACGACGAGUACAAGACAUGGGCAUUUCUGGACGAGCUAGAGAAGGAAAAGAACCAAGAGCAGCAGAAUCAGAUGUGGCAGGAGAUCGUCACACAUGUGGCAGAGCAGAACCCAGAGAAGGCACAGAAGAUGAUGCAGGUGUCCGAGAUCAUGGGCAUUCACAUGGCAUGGAAGAUGUUCAAGGCAGUCGGGGAAAAAUAG